CGACAACUUCCAUGACCAUAGCAGCAAAGCAAAAGGGCGUGGUGUCCCUUGGUCUUGUCGCCCGCUCCACUCGGAUGCAACCAUCAAGCGGCGAGGAUCGCUCUACCAAGCCCAAAUCCACCCGUCUCCAAUUCCAUCCAUCCGUCCGAUCUCUGUAGUCGCGACUUGUGCUCCGAUCCUCCAACCCCUUCCUUGAGGCUUGCUGCCCCUAUUCCCGCCUCGCGCGAUCCGACACGGAUGAGGCCCAGCGGCCAGGAGGAGGAGGAGGAGGAGGAGGACGAGGACGACAGCCUCGCGCGCGACCUCUACACCAUCCCCAUCUCGUCCGGCUGGUUCCGGUGGGACGGGAUCCACGACACGGAGAGGAGGUCCCUCCCGGAGUUCUUCGAGGGCUCGUCGUUCACCAGAAACCCUAGGGUCUACAAGGACUACCGCGACUUCAUCAUCAACAAGUACCGGGAGGAUCCCUCCUGCCGCCUCACCUUCACCGACGUCCGCAAGGCCUUGGUCGGCGACGUUUCGUUGCUCCGGAAGCUGUUCCUCUUCUUGGAGAGGUGGGGAUUGAUCAAUUUCGGGGCAGGGGCAGCACCGCCUGCGGCUGCAGCCGCGGCCGACGGCGUGGCCUUGCCACCGGGGGAGGCGGCGGGGCCCAGUGUCGUGGUAGAGGAAGGUGCGCCUUGGGGAGUGCGGGUGGUGCCGCCGCUGCCGCAGUCGUACGCUGCCGAGAGGAAGUCGGGAGGUGCGGGGGCGGCAACUGCAGCAUCUGCUGUGGGCGGUGAUGAGAUUGGGUGUAGGCUGCCGCCUUUGACGUCGUACUCUGAUGUGUUUGGAGAGUGGACGCCACGGAAGGCACCGUUUUGUGGAUUUUGUGGGGAGGAAUGCUCUGCAGGUCAGCAUGAAUUGAUGGAGGUCAUGAAGGGUGGAUUUGUAGUUUGUGCAAAAUGUUCAAAAAGUAAGGUCAUUUGUGAGGAAGAAACCGUGCAGUUAAGCGAUCACAAAGAUGGUGAUGUCAAUGGUGCGGCUAGUGCGUGGACGGAUGCCGAGACCCUUCUUCUUUUGGAAGCUGUCCUAAAACAUGGAGAUGACUGGGAUCUUAUUGCUCAGCACGUACGUACUAAAAGUAAAUCUGAUUGUAUUGCGAGGCUUAUCCAGCUACCUUUCGGUGAACAUAUGUUGGGCAGCAUGAAUGGUAAAUGUGACAGUAGAACCUCUGUAAUCCAAGCUUAUGAUCUCAAAACAAACCAAAAUUCUAUAACUGAGUUGUCAAAGGGGCCUAUUCAAUCAGUUACUUCUACACAUACUGAUGGGAAGGAGAAUGUUGUGGAUGAAUCUACAGAAGAACGUCCUUUAAAGAGGAGAUGCUUCCUCUCUUCUUUAGAUGCUACUGACUCACUAAUGAACCAGGUGGCUUUGUUGUCUACAGUAGCUGGUCCCCAUGUUGCUGCUGCUGCAGCAGACACAGCUGUUACAACACUGUGCAAUGAAAAUACACGUGCAAGGGACGCCUUAAUUGUCAACGAGGAAACUAUGAAUAAUUCAUUUUCGUCUAAUGGUGACCAGUGUAGUGGCCUCAAUGUUGGGGAUCAGGACAUGAUGCUGCCUCAACGAGCAGAGUGCCAAAUGGACAAGAGCUUUGGUGCUGCAGCAUAUCGAAUGCGAGCUGCCACUGUGACAGCUAUGGGAGCAGCAGCUGCUCGAGCCAAGCUGUUUGCAGAACACGAAGAGAGGGAAAUGCAACUCUUAAUGGCGUCUAUUAUUGAAGCACAGUUGAGAAAGAUACAAUAUAAGUUGAAGCAUUUCGAGGAGCUGGAACAUACUAUGGAGCAGGAGUACACCCUUAUACAGCAAUCAAAAGAAUCUAUACUUGCGGAAUGGGUCAAUCUCCUGCGGCAGGCGUUCCGAGCCGGGAUCGCAAGAUUGAGGGACCAUCAUGUGUUUCCCAAGCCAUUUCUAAACAAGAACUGCAUGUAGCGGUCGUUGCUCUUGGGUUGUUAUUAUCUGCUUUUAGAUACCCGACACUUCAUGAGGUCGUCGGCUACCUGUUAUCUUCGCAGCCCUAAUUCAACACCGUACUUCUUGUGCUCACUUUAUGGCGCAGAGUAGAUAGAUCUUUGGAUUACUCUGUGUACAAUUUUGUGUAUCAUCCAAUUUUGUAUCAUGAGUAAAAAGGCGUCCAAUUAAUUCUCUUUUUUUUUUAUUUUUUUUUAUUCCCCUCGAGUUUACGGUUACUAAUUUUCUGUUUGUGCUGUCGUUGUUUCUUUAAACAAACAGUUAAGUGUUUUUUGGUUUGUGGAUUUUCAUUCCAUUAAUUAAUUGGGAACCAUUUCGAGCUC